UGUGACGUCAUCUGGAACCCGACGAGGCGGGGCGGCUGGCCCAGGCGGCUGGAGGGUCCUUGUGGGGCCGAGAUGAGCGAGGGAAGCACGGGGGACCCGAGCCGCGGGUCCAGCCGGCAGCGGGCCGUACACCCAGAGAACAUGUCUCUAGGUUCUAGCUGCUUCUCUCCACCUGUGAACUUCCUUCAAGAGCUGCCAAGCUAUCGGUCAGUGGCACGCAGGCGAACGAACAUCGUCUCCCGGGACAGGCAGAGUGGUACCCUGCUAAAGCCAACGGACUCUUACAGUUCCCAGCUGGAUGGAGGAAUCACAGAAAACCUCAACAGCCAAUCCAUCCGCAAGUACGCGCUGAACAUCUCUGAGAAGCGGAGACUGAGGGACAUUCAGGAAACCCAGAUGAAGUAUUUAUCGGAGUGGGACCAGUGGAAACGGUAUAGCAGCAAGUCCUGGAAGAGGUUCCUAGAGAAAGCUCGUGAGAUGACGACCCACCUGGAACUGUGGCGCAAGGACAUCCGCAGCAUUGAAGGGAAGUUCGGCACGGGGAUCCAGUCCUACUUCUCCUUCCUACGGUUCCUGGUGGUCCUGAACCUGGUGAUUUUCCUGAUCAUCUUCAUGUUGGUUUUGCUCCCCAUCCUGCUCACCAAGUACAAGAUUACCAACAGCACUUUCGUGCUCAUCCCGUUCAAAGACAUGGAUAUACAGUGCACUGUCUAUCCAAUAAGUAGCUCUGGGCUCAUUUACUUUUACAGUUACAUCAUAGACUUGCUGUCUGGCACAGGCUUCUUGGAGGAGACCAGCCUUUUUUAUGGACAUUACACCAUUGAUGGAGUAAAAUUCCAGAACUUUACAUAUGAUCUGCCCCUGGCUUACUUAAUAAGCACGAUUGCCUACCUGGCCCUGAGUCUCCUUUGGAUAGUGAAACGGUCGGUGGAAGGGUUCAAAAUCAGCCUGAUCCGCAGUGAGGAGCACUUCCAGAGUUACUGUAACAAGAUCUUCGCUGGCUGGGACUUCUGCAUCACCAACCGCAGCAUGGCCGAGCUGAAGCACAGCAGCUUGCGGUAUGAGCUCCGAGCAGACCUGGAGGAAGAGAGAAUACGACAGAAAAUAGCUGAGAGGACCUCAGAGGAAACCAUACGCAUUUACUCUCUGAGGCUGCUCUUGAAUUGCGUCGUGCUGGCUGUGCUUGCCGCGUGCUUUUAUGCGAUCUACCUAGCCACUGUCUUCUCACAAGAACACAUGAAGAAAGAAAUUGACAAGAUGGUUUUUGGGGAGAACCUCUUGAUAUUGUACCUCCCAUCCAUUGUGAUCACACUGGCCAAUUUCAUUACCCCCAUCAUCUUUGCCAAGAUCAUCCACUAUGAGGAUUAUUCUCCAGGCUUUGAGAUCCGCCUUACAAUUCUUAGGUGUGUCUUUAUGCGGCUGGCCACCAUCUGUGUGCUGGUGUUCACGCUGGGCUCCAAGAUCACAUCCUGUGGUGACAGCACAUGCGAACUCUGUGGCUAUAACCAGAAACUCUACCCGUGCUGGGAGACACAGGUGGGACAGGAAAUGUACAAGCUGAUGAUAUUCGACUUCAUCAUCAUCCUGGCCGUGACACUGUUUGUGGAUUUCCCUAGGAAGCUCCUGGUGACCUACUGUGCGUCCUCGAAGCUGAUCCAGUGCUGGGGACAGCAGGAGUUUGCCAUCCCGGACAAUGUCCUGGGCAUUGUGUAUGGGCAGACCAUCUGCUGGAUCGGAGCCUUCUUCUCCCCACUCCUUCCUGCAGUCGCCACUUUGAAAUUUGUUAUCAUCUUUUACGUGAAAGAGUUGAGUCUUCUUUACACCUGCAGACCCUCCCCAAGGCAGUUCAGAGCAUCCAAUUCUAACUUCUUCUUUCUGCUGGUGUUGCUGAUUGGGCUCUGUUUAGCAAUAAUACCACUAACAAUCAGCAUGUCUCGCAUCCCUUCCUCCAAAGCCUGUGGGCCAUUCACCAACUUCAACACCACCUGGGAGGUUAUCCCCCUGACCGUGAGCACCUUCCCCAGCUCGCUGCAGACCCUGAUCCAUGCUGUCACAUCGGAAGCCUUCGCGGUGCCUUUCUUCAUGAUCAUCUGCCUUGUCAUGUUCUACUUCAUUGCAUUGGCUGGAGCACACAAGCGGGUGGUUGUCCAGCUCCGAGAGCAGCUGUUCCUGGAGAGCCGUGACAAGCGUUAUCUCAUCCAGAAACUGACAGAAGCUCAAAGGGAUGUGCGGAGCCAGCAUGCCUGAGCGUGAAGAUGCUGACUGGCAACUUCUCAGCAACGGAAGGAGUCUGACGACCCUACAAAGUCCAGCUGGGCUUUGAGUGGAAAUGUUAAAAUGCAUCUUUCUAGACUUGAGAGCUUUAAGUGACUUAGCCAAGCAGGCUGACUCGUGGAGAGCCUUGGCUCGCUGAGGAUUCUACCAAACCACUAACUUCUCGAGUUGUUCAGGCUUUAUAAUUGAAAUCAGAGAGGGAGACUGUUAUUUAUUUUUUGUUUAAACUUUUGUAGUAUUUAAAGGUUUGUGUGUGUUGUUUUUCCAAGUAAAACUGAGUUCCUCCAAAGUUGGGUGGUCUCUUUGGAAGUUUUUCCAAGCUGAGGGAAUGCUCUCUCAAAUGCCACUGGUGACUUAAAAUUGAAACCUGACUUCUUAUUUUUUCAAACGAACAUGCAUCUUCAGGUGCUAAAGGCUUGGGGCAGCUGAUAAGAACGGGGAGAGACCAUCAUGGUAGCCCCUGCCUUGUGCCUGGAUCACACUUGAAUUUCUGCUCCUAUCGGUGUCAGCUGUUAAGCAGGGUACUGGGGCAGGUUGCAAGCCAUUUGGAAAACAGAGGAACUGUCUGCCCACCUUACAGGUUUUACCCUUUUUCAAUUCUGUCACCAAAUCUUAGAACUUGGAGCCAGGUGGAAAGAAAAGGUUGGUGGCUAACCAGUCAGCUAAGGUCACUUUCCCUUGAGGAAUGACAAGGCUGCAGAAAAGGGCUUGGAGAGCUGUUUUCCAAGUGGCAUUACUCUUCCUUGCAGAGCUCUUCAUUCCUGAAGGACACCAAAUGUUUCAGAGCCAGGCUAUAAUGUGCUGUUUGGUAUCGAAGCUGUGGGUUAUAUGGGUGAUAUCAGAUGUAGAUCCAUGGCCUAGCCUAUUUGUAAGAACAUCCCAUAAUACAAACAUAGUUUGGGUUCUGAUUGCUUAAACACACAUCUCAAAGGACUAGGUUUUGUUUGCCUGCACUUGAUGUGUGUACCUUUGUUUUUAUAAAACAUUACAAAACAGUAUCUCUUGAGAUCUCCACUAACAGUAAAAACUGUAUUUAAUAAAUACCUUGCCAUAUACCUCCCCAAAGCUGACCCUUUUAAUAAUGUCUAGUUUGAUCUGCUUUCACUUUAAAGUUUUUGUCAGAGUGCUGCAGUCCUGUGACAGACAGUUUGAGUUUUCUACUGUUUUUCACUGGCUGCUAACCUUUCCUGACAUUUAAAAUUAGAUUUAUGUUUUAGAAAGCUGCCAAGAAGGAUUUUCCUCCUCUGACCACUACCUUGUUUCUUAAAAAUGAUUGGCUUCUUGCUCUGGAAGCAAAGCAAACUUGUCAUGGCUAACACAUCUGUAUGUGUGUAAAGGGUCCUGUGUGUGUGUGUGUGUGUGUGUGUGUGUGUGUAUGGAACUCAUAUGCUCAAGCCCAACACAAUAAUUUCUUUGAUCUUCCAUGAGGUUGUAUUAACAUGGGAUUUUUAUAACUGUCAGAAUGUACAUUUCCUAACCCUUUCUUGUAUUUGAAGAUCUAUGAGUUUUUAAACCUAACAACAGGAAUUUUGAAUAAACCAAAGUUCAUUCCAUCCUCAUUUUAUAAAUUCUAAUUGUUGACCUUUAUGCCUACCUAGUGCCUUCAUAUAAUAUUCUUGUCACUCACCAUGCCCCUGAAGAUUAUUUACUUUCCUGUUUGUACAAAUGGUUAAUAAAAUGAACAAUAUGCUGUUUUCUUUGUUAUUAAACAGCUACCAAAAUAUACCAACUAGUAUGUUAGUUUUAGUUAAUGCUGCUAAUAUGCAUCCCUCUUACUUGAAUGUUUGAUAACUUUAAUAACCAGGUGGUGUCGGUAUUGUUCUUAAAGUGUGGCUAAACUACUGAUUACACAGUGUCUUGGAAGUUUUAAAGUGUGAUUCUGUGUACAUGAACUCACAGAGCUCGUUGUCAAGAAUCAGGUGAUGAGGAAAACUGCAAUACUCUGUAACAUUGCUCUUCUCACUGAAGUUAGAGAAGGUAUCAUUUUGACAUUUUAUGGAUGUAUUAGAUGAGUUUUAUCACUUCUUGGCUUUCCUGAAGCCAAAGAAAAGCAUGUCUGUGUAUUUUAAAUUUCAAAAGCAAAGAUAUUUUAAAGCAUUUUGUAUCUUAGCACCAUUGGAAAGCACUGUUAGUGUUUAUUUUGUUCUAUAAAGAUAUAAUAAAUAUCAGAAUAGAUA